UUCUUGCUAGAGGGCGCUAAUGUACAUAAACAUACCGGACGUGAAUCGCUAACAGCUACAAGAAGAAGACGAGGAGCAACAGACCCGUUUUGGAUGUUCAACCAAACAAUAGCUCUUAUGAGAAUGCGUUAAAACAUCUACAUUCGUUCUUCUGGGUUAUUUCAUUUGUGUGAACUUGAACAGAUACUUGCUGUGGGUCCUGCUGAGCACCAUGGCAAACCAGAGGGUACUCCCUCAGAGCAAAGAGACUCUGCUGCAGAACUACAACAAGAGACUCAAAGACGACAUCAAGUCCAUCAUGGACAACUUCACGGAAAUCGUCAAGACUGCAAAGGUAGAGGAUGAGACUCAGGUAUCACGACCCACCCAAGCAGAACAGGACCACUAUGAGAUGCACGUCAGAGCUGCAAACAUCGUUCGUGCCGGUGAGUCCCUGAUGAAGCUGGUGUCAGAUCUGAAACAGUUCCUGAUCCUGAACGACUUUCCUUCGGUGAACGAUGCCAUCAGUCAGCAAAACCAGCAGCUCCGAGCGCUGCAAGACGAGUGCGACAAGAAGCUGACGUCGCUCCGUGAUGAGAUCGCUGUUGACCUCUAUGAGCUAGAGGAAGAGUAUUACUCCUCCAGCUACAGUCAGUGGAACAGCACUGACCUGCCACUGUGCGAAGCCUACCGCCGGCGGGACAGUUGGGCCUCUCCAGAUAGCAGCUCCAGCUCGACCCAGGAAGACAGAGAGGACGCAGUCGGGACCCCUUCGCAGGAAGCAAACGCCCAACACCACGUCAAUGGACAUGGGACGACCUCCGCUGAGAAACCAUGAGGAGGAAGAAGGGAUGUUUCUGCUAAAUCUGGGGACUAGUGGUUUAGAUGUUACCAAUGUACUUUUGGGAAAAUGUUUUGUUUUAUGAACUUAAAACUGGACUACUAUUUCAUAUUUACUGGUAAAAAACUGGAAAAUGAAGUGUACUGAACAAAAUCUUCUGGAAGGUCCUGUUAUACGAAGGUUGGAGCCUUGAUGGCGAACUCUUAGUAACAUUCCUGAUAUCAGUUAAUUUUUUUUAAAUGAAACAAUUACUUUACUGUGAUUUACAGUACUUGGUAAAUGGAAUAUAAUGCAGAGAACUUUUAAUUGAUUCACCUCUGAGCUGUUUAUAUGAAUUUUUAGAAAUGCACAAAUCAGUCCUUUGCUGGCCUUUUGCUGAACAUUUUCCAUUGAGCUAAAAGACAAAAUGUGCUGUAGGUUCCUUAUAGAAAUAUUGCUGUGUGGUUCCUUAUAGAGGUCCCAGUUUUGAUUCCAACAGAGAAUGGAGGGAUUACAUAAUUAUGCUCCCAAUUUUUACCAAACUCAAAGUUCAAACAAAAUACAAACCUGAAAAUACAUUUGACAUUUUCCUGGUUUCAUGCAUUUAAUAAAAAUAUUUUUUUUUUUUUUGUGUGUAUUUAACCAGGUGAGGAAGGAAACAUUUAUCAAUUUUUAGAACUAGCUAACUGAUUGGUGUAUGUUUUUAUAUUCUAUAUGAAUGUGUUUAUCCCUGGAUUUUUGUUGUAAAACUUACUUUUGCCCAGUUAAACCAAUCAGAUCACAUAAAAAAAAAAACAUGCUG